AUGACAUCCAGGCUGUCCGCAAUGUUCUUUCCAGGGGACGAUUCCAAGGAUGAAAAAGAAUCGAAGCCUGCUCCUGCAAACGCAGAAGAAAACACUCGUUCAAACGUGCGCUUUGCCGCAGAAGACGAAGAAAUAGAUCCACUCGACGAGUCAAGGCGCAAUUCCAAAUUGGGAAAUGACACUGAAGAACUCAGCCCUGAGGCACACGAACAAAUUAGGAGUCUAGCAAUAUCCCUACAGAAGUCGAGGCUUCAGGAAAGCAGAAUGUCCAAUUUUGCCUACGAACCGGUCUCCAUGCCACCAUCUCGAGUGCCUUCGAGGGAGAGUGAGGGGCCUGGCACCCCACGUGGCUCCAUCCGACAGGGCCACGGUUCUCUGUCAUCAGCAGUACAUUCACCUCCAUUGACACCACAUGGUUCGAAAGAUGGCAAAAUAGAUGCUACAACUGGGCGCAGUCAGCAAGCACAAGCGGCCAUCACUCCACAGACCUCUCCUCCCCCUGAUUCACAUGCUCGAGCUCUAUCACAAUCCAUCUCACCAGGCCAAGUCAUCUCGAGACCGUCUUCCUCUGAACAGGGUGCUCAACGUCCUGAUCAUACAGAUCCCAAGAAAUCAACUCGCUUCGAAAUCGGUCCAUCAGAAUCUGCCAGUCCCGCCGAUCAAAGUCCAGUUGGUACUCCAAAGCUAGUCCCAGCCUCGCCCCGUCCUGCCAAAGCAUCUUUGACCGAAGCCAAGAUCGAACAAAGAGAGCCCAGACAUUUUGGAAGUACUGGAAGAAAUUCUCUUGCUCCUGCUAUCGCAGCAGCUGCCGAGAGGCUUCCCAGACCAGGCAGUAGUGGGGAUCUAUCAGGUUCGGAAAAGCGCGGCUCAAUCUUUGGAGGCAAAAAGGAUCCCUAUUCUCAUGUGACAGACAGUGGUAGUGACAGGUCAGGACUCGGGGAAAAGAAGCAUGGGUCCAUGUCUGAAUUGAAACGAUUUUUCAGGCUUGGUGGUCAUGGGCACAAGGAUAAGCACCACAAACACGACAAACACGACCGACAGCUGGAGUCACCGGCAUCCUCUGUUCCUGCCUCACGAAAGAGCAGCUAUAAAUCUGGCACGAGAACCCCCCCCAGUCAACAAGUACCCCCGUCUAAUAACGUUCCUUUCAUGGAUGACCACAGUCUAGAGGCAAAAUACGGCAAAUUUGGUAAAGUCUUGGGUUCGGGGGCUGGUGGCUCCGUUCGACUGUUGAAGAGAAGCAGUGACGGGGUCACGUUUGCCGUCAAACAAUUCCGAGACAAGCACUCGUGGGAAAGCGAAAAGGAUUAUUCCAAAAAAGUCACUGCCGAGUUCUGUAUCGGUUCCACUCUUCAUCAUGGAAACAUCAUUGAAACCAUGGAUAUCAUCCAAGAGAAUCAUCGCUGGUUUGAGGUUAUGGAAUACGCGCCCUACGACCUGUUUGCAACUGUCAUGACCGGCAAAAUGACCCGAGAGGAGAUUGCCUGCGCUUUUCUUCAGAUCGUGAAUGGCGUUAGCUACUUGCAUUCGAUGGGGCUUGCACAUCGAGAUCUAAAAUUGGACAAUGUUGUCGUCAGCGAGCACGGCAUUAUGAAAAUCAUUGACUUUGGAAGUGCAACAGUAUUCCGUUAUCCAUUUGAGAACGACAUUGUUCUCGCUUCAGGAAUUGUUGGCUCUGACCCAUAUCUCGCACCCGAAGUCUACGAGGAACGAAAAUAUGACCCGACUGCUACCGAUAUCUGGUCCCUGGCUAUUAUUUUCUGUUGCAUGUCUCUACGACGAUUCCCAUGGAAGCAACCGAGAGUAAUAGAUAACUCUUACAAACUCUUCGUCUCUCCUCCAACUCCGGGAACCCCUGUUCCUGAUUCACACCCACGCAAAGGGUCACAUCUCAGCCCUACUGAUGAUGGCAACCGAAGACCAUCUGAAGCAGAGGGGAGCAGCUCAUCUCAUCAUCACCAUCAUUCAGACAAUGCUGAAAACGAGUCAAGACCUGCCACAUCCAGUACAGACAAGCAAGAGGUAAUCAAAGGGCCCUGGAGGCUACUCAGAAUUUUGCCCCGAGAGAGUCGACACAUCAUAGGACGUAUGCUCAAGGUUGAUCCCGCCGAGCGCGCUUCGAUGGAUGAGGUACUUGAAGAUGAAUGGAUUCUUAGUUCCAAGGUAUGCUAUCAAGAAGAAAAUGGUACAGUACAUCGUGCAGAAGGUCAUUCGCAUGUUCUAGAGCCAGGCUCUGGAGGACCUCCUCCGGCAAAAGUCUAA